UGGGGCAGCGGGGCCGGCUACUGGGUCCCAGCCGAGGUGGAGGGGGGAGGAGGUAGAGGAGAGGCAGCUCACCCAUCUCCCCCUCCUGUCCUCCCUUCCUCUCUCCUCUCUCCUGCCUGCGGUCCUCACCCCCAAGACCUCGCUCCUUUCCUGUCUCUCUCCCUUACACGAGCACGCACGCAAACAUAACCCCCAUCCCCGUCCCUCCACGUUCACCCCGCGAUCCUAGGGUAUUCCCCAGCGCCACCCCCCUCCGGCCGUCCUCUCUCUCUCCCUUUGGCCCCACACCCCCAUCCUGCAUUCCUAUGGACAGACACCUGCAGGAGGGCUGCCUGUCCUGGUUAUCCAGUCCUAUGUUAUGGAGCCAGAGUAAGUCGUGUAACCCGCCAUAUGCUCUUUGGCUUAUCAAGAAAAGAGUAACUUGGUGAGACCCCCUACGACUGCCGUUCUAGGAGAGAAGCUGCUGAUCCUGUAUCAUGGAGGAUUGCCUUCAUACCUCAUCAGAAAAUCUUUCAAAACUGGUCAGCUGGGCCCAUAGUCAUGGGACCAUUUGUAGCCUCAUUCCAAAUCUGAAACAUUUGCUUUCCGAAGGUUCCCAUGGCAACCUGACAGCAAUGUGGGGCUGCAGUGCUGGCCAUGCUUAUCACUGGCCCCUGACUGCCACUUGUAGAGCUGGAUCCCAGGAGAGGGUCUGUUUCCAGGACAAUAGGAGUUUCAAUUCUGAUAGUCCCAGUAUCAUUGGUGUGCCCUCUGAGACGCAGACCAGUCCUGUAGAAAGGUACCCUGGGAGGCCGGUGAAAACGAAGUUGGAUUGUAACAGGACUAGAGACUCUUGUGACUUCUCUUACUGUAGCGAGCCUUCGGAACUGGAUGAAGUUGUGGAGGAAUAUGAAGAUGAAGCGACUCUUUUCGACAUGGUUUGUGAGUCUUCUGUGACCGAUGAGGACAGUGACUUUGAACACCAUACCCAAAGAUCUCAACACAUUGCUCGGAAAAGACCUGGGAUUUGUCCGUCUUCGGUUCUUUCAAGCACCCAGUCACAGGUCAUCGAUGAAAGCAGCAGUGAUGUCAUUGUCAAGAAAAUCAAGCAAGAGAUUCCUGAAGAUUAUUACAUUGUGGCAAAUGCUGAACUGACAGGAGGAGUCGAUGGCCCCACACUCUCACUAACACAGAUGGCAAAACCUAAAACCCAGGGUCACGCUGGCCCCUCUUAUGUUGGGCCGGCCAAGCCAGCUCCCCACUUAGCCCCAACACUGAGCACAGAACUGGACCUGCAAAGCGUCUCUGCUUCUCCACCCAUUAUCUCCAGACAGACAGUCCAGAAGCCCAUCAAGGUAUCCCUGGCUUCACCCAAUCGAGGACUUUCUGGUACCCACGGGGCCAGCCAGCAGGUGGCAAUUCAGAUGCCCGUGAGCACGUCCAAUCCCAACAAACAGAUUAGCAUUCCUCUGUCAGCUCUGCAGAUCCCAGGACAAGAAGAACAAGUGGCUUCUGAGGAGUUGCUACCACCUCUGCCCAAUCAGGUCCCAUCUUGUGAGGUAGCCCUGUCACCCCCGCUUAGCACGGAGCCAGAAGUGAGUUCUAGUCAGCAGCAGCCCAUGGGCCUUCCCACCAUCACAACUGAGGCCACAGCACAAACAGUACCAGACCAGGAUGAAAAAGCAGCUGAUCUCAGCAGGGAACAGAAUGAAAAAACUAUCCGGAGUACGCAGACUGCUCUUCGCAAUUUCCGGGAGUUCCUCAUCUCUAAAUAUCCUUCCGAAACCAGGGAAAUUUAUGUCAUUCCUUGCAAGGAACUGGAUGACUACCUUGCCUCUUUCUUUGUCGAUGCCAGGCAGAAAGAUGGCUCAGAGUAUGAGCCAAACAGCUUGGCUAAUUACCAGUGCGGUUUGGAGAGGUACCUCAAAGAGCACAGGUAUGGCUACAGUAUCACGAGGGAUAAAGAAUUCAAGAGGUCCCAAGAGGCCCUGAAACAAAAGCAAAUUGAGCUCCGGUGCAAAGGUAAAGGAAACAAACCACACAAAUCCAUGAAACUCACCUUUGCCGAUGAGCUCAUUCUACGCAAAAGGGGGUUGCUGAGCCGAUAUAACCCUGAAGGGCUGCUUAACCUUGUCUGGCUCAAUAAUACUAAAGCUUUUGGACACUGUACAGGCUUUCAUGGAUCUACCUUGAAAUGGGGUGAUAUCCGGCUCCGGGUAACUGAGACGGGCUUAGAAUAUUUGGAGUGGAUGGGCCAGGACACUGGUGACCUAAACACCAAGACCAAGAGAGGAGGAACCGACUCUAGAGUGUACGCCACCCAGCACGCUCCCCAGACCUGCCCGGUGCAGGACUACAAAGAGUAUGCCCAACGGCGGCCCCCAGCAAUGAGAUAUGAGGAUGCCCCAUUUUAUUUAUCCAUCAAGCCUGUAGUAAACCUGGCUGCACUCCAUUGGUACAACUGCCAGGCACUGGGCAAGAAUAAGCUGGCCAAGAUGGUGAAAACAAUGUGUGAGAAAGGCAACAUCCCUGGCAGGAAAACCAACUUCAGUGUGUAUCAAAGUUGCAGCACUCUCUCCGAAGCACAGAGCAACCAGCUGGUGCUGAUCUGUAACAAUUUAAGCCAGCAAGCCGCCCAGUCCAUGGCGAGCCAUUCCAGUAGUGGCAAUUUCAUAGUCUCUGCCUCAUAUGAUUCUUCCUCAGACACCACUUGAUCACUUCAGGGGCGUAAUAAGCAGGACAAUUCUGAGAGUUCAGACUUGAUUUUUUUUUGUGCCCAAUAAUACACAUCGACUGUGAUUGUCCAUGACUUCCCCUUCCUAUUCCCUUGUCCCAAGUCUUAACUAACUUUAUAAAAAUAUAAAUAUAUAAUAUAUUUUUUCUUUUUACAAAUAAUUCAAUAGAGAUAGUUUAGUAUUACUAACAUAGUAUUUAUAGGUUAGGACAAAAUGAAAACUACUUAUGGGUGAGUUAUUAAACUGUAGAUUUUACACAUGCAAAGUAUAUUCAGGCAACACAAGAUAGAAAAGGAAUUCUGUUGGGUUUUUUUUUUUAAACUUAGCCAAUGGAAAUAGUGUGUCUCCCCACAAGGGCUUGACUUCUCUGUUCACUUAAUCAAUGGUUUUCUUAUCUUUUAAAUUAUAUUCCUAACCAGGAGAUGACACUGUCUAUGAGUGUUUUCAUUACACUUGUUUGUAUUCAGUCACAUCCAGAAAAGAAAAAGGUAUUGCUAUAAACUUGAAACAGCCCAAGUAUUUUCAUCCUUUUCUUUUUUUAAGUCUAUUCAGAAUUUUGGCUCCUGUGCUCUAUAGGAAAAAUCCAGUAUUUUUAACUAGCACCUCUUCUUUUUUCUGUGAUAAAGAGAUUUAUUUUGGAAUACUUAGUAUUGCUUUCAACAAUAUGCAAAGAUGUCACGACAAAAAGACUGUUAAUACAACUAAUUUCUACUGUUGUAAAGUGAGUGUUAAUUACAAGUGGCAGGUCUUUCUAACCUGUGAGAAUGCAGUGUCAAUUGCCCUAUAAUUAGCAUUUUUUCCAGGUAACAAAACUACUGAGACUCUUCAUAAUCAGACUGUAUGGAAAAUUACAGUAGAGGGUGGUUGAAAGGGAAGGGUGACUAUUUAAAGUGUAGGAGAUUAACAUGGGCAAUAAGAUAUUGUCCUCUUGCAAGUGAAAAUCCUCAACACCUCCCUACAACCACUGUCCGGUUAUUAAAGUUUUUGUAAUGCUCCCUUUGAUUUCCAUCCACUUCACCUGACCACCUAGUUGAAAUAGAAGGAUAAUUGACAACUAAAACUCUUCAGGUUGUAUCAUUUUUAUUACCAGACAUAUUUUAAUUUAAAGCAGCUUCUUAAAUAAAUUUCUUCCAUAUUAAAUGUGAGAACAUUCUUUAUCAAGAGUAGCUUGUGAAUAUAGAAGUGCAAAUUCCAGGUUAACAAGAAAAUGUACCAUUCUUUCUUAGCUUUCCAAGGAUUACACAUUUUGACUUUUGAAACUUGUGAUUAGACCAAGUCAGAAUAUGUAAGAUUCUUUAAAGCCAAAUGAACGUAGAGAAAUCCCAACCCGGAGUAGCAUUUAAAAAUGAGAAACCAAAAACACAAAGCCAUUUUCUCAGUAUGACACUGUAGCUUAGCAGAUGUAGCAAUGUUAGACUCCCAAAGCUAGCUCACCUUGGCAGCUGUCUUGGGCAUUUCCCUAGUGGAGAAAUGUCUGUUCUUCAAGACAACCUUAUAACUGAUAUUUGUUAUAUAGAGCUUAUUGGUAUUUUCUGUAUCUAUUUAGUGUAAUUCUAAGGGACAGGUCCUUGUCUUUGCUUUCCUUUAUGUUUCUUAGCCAGAAUCGAUCAUAAUAAUUAAGGAUCCCUGUGGCAAAAGCCCCUUUUUGGUUUUUCUCUGUAGCACUAACUCAUGGACUUGCCUUAUAUGGUGUCAUGCAUGUCCUUCCUUACAGGCAGCUAGAAUGGCAAGUCGGGCAUUGGCAUUGUUUGGCUUUCUAUUUUUUUUAUAAUGGUAUUUUUGGCCAUUUCUUUAAGGGGUUUUGAGAAGAAGGUAGAAAAGGCUUUACAGAGAUCAGCUUUUGCUUUAAUUAGUGAGCACUGAUAUAUUGUACUGUGUUACUCUGUGUAGAUACACCUUCCAGUGUUUGGGGGCAAAAAAUGGUGACAGAUUCUCCAGAGAUAGCAACAUAGUUGCAUUAAACUUAUAAGGAAGGACUGAGGUUCAGUGGUGAUGGUGGGUAAUAUUUUUAAUGUUAUGCCCCGCCUCCUCAUGGCCAUCGGUAUUUCUGUUCAUUCUGAACCACAGUUUCCCUCUUCUGAUGACUUUCACCAAACUCAUCUGUUGUAUUUUUGUCUCUGUUAUCCAUAAGAAUUGCCCCUUCCUUUCGGAAGUCUUAUAGGUGCCUUUUGUUUUUAUAUCACCAUCAUUUGUAGAUAUCUCCCUCCAAGGCCCACUCCUCAUCCCUGGAAAAUAAACUAUCAUAAUGAAAAAAUUAGACCACCCCCUCCAAAAAAACCUGAUUAAGUGACCAUAUCUGAAAAUGUAUGCAAGAUUCUAUACUCAUAGUCCCCCACAUCUUUGCCCAGAGCAAGGAGAUAUGUUUCUUUGUGUAUUCUCCAGGAACAUUGUUGGCUUUUGCCUUAUUCCACUUCCUUUUAGUGAUCUUUUCAUUUAUAUUGUUGCAAUCACUGUGUAUAUUGUUCUCAUCCUGCUUAUUUCAUUCUGCAUCAGUUCAUACAAACCUUCCCAUGGUUCUUAUUUCCUAAUAUUUGUCAUUUCUUACUACACAAUAAUAUUUCUCUGCAUUCAUAAAUCACAGUUUGUUCAAGACCAAUCCAUUUUAAAUGGGUUACCUCUAAAAUAAAAGGAAAUACGUCUAUGAAAACACUUAAAAACUCAUGUAAUCAUGAAUUUAUAUUUGCAUGGUCACAAUGUUGAUUUAGCAUAAACAUCUCAUGUGGGUUCAUGUUGUGGUUUUUGUGGCAUGUUAUGUUUAUCCUGAUGAAUAAAUAAAUCUUGCAAAUGACAAACCCAGAUGCAUUGCAAGAAAAGUCCUAUAUAUGAUGUUUGUUGAGGUGCUAAAUGAAUCAAACCAAAAAAAAAAUCCAUCCUGGCUUAUCUUGUGAUGUUUUAAAUUUGUUCAAUUGUAUCAAAACUUCAAUUUAAAGCAUCACUUUUUUACUGAAGAUGACUAUAAAGAAACCCCUCAAAUGGUAUUAGUGAAGUCACAUUAAGUGGGAACACUGUCUCCUUUCUAGCAAAGGCGUUUGGGAGGGACACAAUUUAAUUAUAAGUUCUUCAGUCCUGGACAAAGCUUAUUUCCUAUUACUUGAGGUUUCUAGCCUAACUAAUACUAUAGAAACAACCCCUUACAUUAUAAAGUUUCAUCUCUUAAGAAAUUAAAGAUACAGUUCAGAAGAUUUGUAAUUUAAAUCAUUUUUAAAGAACACUGUUCCUUGGCAGAGGUAUGGUCAAUAACCAUCAACAACCAUGUAUGCCUUAACUAAAUUAGAUUUAUCACACAAGGCUUUUUUAUGUAGUGGAUUUGCUACUUAGCUCUACUAUCCAACUUUCUUAAAGCCAAUUUAAAGAAGAUUCACAUAAAACCAAAUACCAGGCUUAUCCUCUGUGUUCCUGAAAAAUUAGCACAGGAAAGACUGUUAAGUGUUCCCACAAAAAGAUGACCAUUCCAAAUACUAAAUUUUUUUCUACACUCAUGUCUUCCAUAGUCUUUUAUUUGAAAGGUUGUUCUACCCAUAAAGAAAUGGGCUUUCUGUAGUAUCAUGAGAGAUGGUGAUCUCUACUAAAACAUAUCCAACAAUCCCAUGGUACAAACAGUGAACCUAAAGCUAUGUGCUUACAAAGUUUACAUUCUCAGAUCAGAAAGUAAAGAGGUAUGCUCUGUAUUUACUCACAUGAAUACCAGUUUUACAUUGGCACAAAUAGAGGGACCUACUUUUAUUUGACUAUGUAAUGUUCUGUAUACACAUCUGCAAGUAUUUGAAUGGAAUAGCCAUAUGUUUAAUUCUAAUACUUUCAUCUUAUGUUUUUUGAAGGACUUUGUAUUGAAGAAUCUGAGCACAUGGAUUCCAGUGUGUAGAUUUAAAAAAAAACCAUUGCAUUUGAGAAUGAGAAGGGUCUUUUUGUGUUCUGUGUAUGUCCUGAGAAAUCUGUAAAUGUCUAAUUUGGUUCUUUGACUCCCUAUUUAUGUUUCAGAUUGGAAUGCUCAUGCUUUUGAAUUCAGGAUAUGACUUUGAAAGGAGUUGAAUUAAACAAACCAGACUGAAUUAUGUUGAAUCUUAUUUUGGAGAGUUGCUUAAUUUUUUUUUCAUGCGAAUAACCAAACUCUUAAGAAUUAUUGGAAAUCAGUUGGGUUUUUUGGCAGUGAAGGAACUUCAUGGAAUUUAAAACUGUUUAAAAAUGAAGUAGAUCACCUCCUGAGUUUAAGUAGAGCUUAGAUGAUCGGGGAAAUCAUAGAAUGGAUUCCUUAUUAAUCUACUAUAAGGAGGGACUUGUAAUAGAUGCACCUUUAAGGUCCCUUCCAAAUCUUAAGAUUUUCUAUAUUGCCUUUGGUAAUCAUGUUAUAAGGUACAUGAUACACUAGUUUAUCUAAAAUGCCAAUAGUUUAUGUAUUGUUAUGAAUGAACACUUGUGUGUAUUGUUGCUUUAAUGUGUAAAAUCAUAUCUGAGCUAGACUCUCAAAAAUAGAAUUUGUUGCUACUAUUAAUAUGAAAUAGUGAAGAUUUAUGUUGCUUUGCUUUGACAAUUUUUUAAAUGGGCCCUUUUUACAUAGAUUUAUUUUUAUAUUUUUCUUUGCUAUUUUGAUCACCAUAUGGAGAAUUCUCUGGAGAAGUAUCCAUGUGAAUAAUUACAUUUAGCAUCUCAACAAGGCCCUACUUCAGGUAUCCACAUUUACCUUCAUUUAACAUGAAGAAAGGUGAUGAUUUUUUUCCAUAUUCCAGGUAUCCAAAUAAUUCAUGAAGUAAAGUACUAUUCCAUUAUUCUGUGUGCUGAUGGUGUGCUUACUAUACUCAUUACCAAAUGAUGUCAGUGUCCAGUUCAAUUCUUGUUCAGCUGUUACUUCCCCCAGGUCAAAGUUGUCCAAAUGACCAAUUAUAGACCAUGAUAGAGAUCUUAUGGGAAAGCACUUAAGCCCAUUACCCCAAAUAACUGGCAUUUCAGAUUCCAAAUACCUAAAGAAAAAUAGUCAUAUCUUUAUAGUAUCAUUCUUGUAGGGCUUAGGUUGAAAAACAGUGUUACAGCCCACGUUAGGUAAGAAAUUCAGUUUCUCCGCAUUCUCUAGAACUGUGAAAUAAAUCUCAUUUAAUGCUACAUUAUCCAUUUUCCCAUAGAAUAGGGGAAUGCUAAAUUUACUGUACUUUAUCCAUCCAUUCCUGUAACUUUCUUAGCAAAGGGGGAUAAUGAGGAAAGGCGAUAGCAUGCGGUUUUGCAGCUAUUCAAUUGCAGGAGCCAUAAGUAUUCUAAUUCAAAUACUUGUGAAUUAAAUUGAUUUAGAGGAGAUUACCAAUUGGGGCUAGUUUUCUUGAUAUUACCAUGUAGUCUGUUUAAGAGAAAUCUGAUGAAAUCCCAGUAAAGAUCAGGUCAGUUAUAUUUUGAGGAAUUCAUGUGUUAGCCAAAAUUCCCAUAGACUAUUCUGACAUAGACUGUAAUGUUAUUUAGCCUAUAGGUGUAAUACGAUUAAAUUACAUACAGAGAUGAAGUUUUUUCCCUUUCCUAUUUUGGGGGGAUGGGGAAGUGAGGAGAAAAGCCCAAGCCGAUAUUUUCAUCUGCCCAUCCAUGCUGAUUGGCAGUUUGUCUGCAAUGUCCAUCUUCUUAGACAAUUCCUAGAAUCAUUAAGAAGUUAAGUGAUUUAUUUGCCCUUGGUCACAUGGCUGUUAACUAGCAGAGGCAGGUGUCAAACCCAAAUAUCCCUUACUCAGAAAACAUGAAUAAUAGCUUGGAUUUAUAUAGUGCUUUAAGGUUUUUUCAAAGGAUUUUGUAUAUAUUAUC